AAGAGGCGGGAACCGCGGGGCGAGCGGCGCGGGCUCCUCCCCCGGCGCCUCGGCUAUCUGGGUCAGGACAAGACGGCCGCGGCGGCGGACCUCUGGACGCGCUGGCUCCGGGACUACUGUCCGCCUGCCGCUUCGCUCCCAGCCGCCCCGUCAGCAGGCCCCCGGUGUCCGACAGCAGAGAGGCCGGCGCGGCGAGAACUGGCGCUGCGCAGAAACAAAAACCAGGAAAUGCCUCGUUCCACAAACAAAGAAAUUAUACUUGGCAUCAUGGUGGGAACUACUGGAAUCAGCUUGCUGCUUCUGUGGUACCACAAGGUUCGUAAACCAAGGACAGCAGUGGAUUUACCUAAAUUUCUUUCUCUGGGUAAUUCACUUGAUUUGAUGCCUUUGCAAGAUGAAAUGCCUAAUGGCCAAGGAACAACAGCUAUCGUUCAAGGAAGGCAACUUCAGAUAUUGGAGAAGUUAAAUGAAUUACUGACAAAUAUGGAAGAACUCAAAGAGGAAAUCAGAGUUCUUAAAGAAGCCAUUCCAAAGCUGGAGGAAUAUAUCCAAGGCGAACUUGGAGGGAAGAUAACUGUUCACAAGAUAAGUCCUCAGCACAGAGCUAGAAAAAGAAGGCUUGUCACAGUUCAAAGUUCAGCAGCAAGUAAUAGUUCAGAGGAAGCGGAAAGUGAAGGAGGGUAUAUUACAGCUAAUACUGAUACCGAAGAACAGAGUUUUCCACUCCCUAAGGCAUUUAACACUCAUGUAGAGGAAUUAAAUUUAGAUGCCCUUAUUCAGACAGCUGAUAAUUUACGUAUGAAUGAAUCCAGCAAAAUGGAGAGUUUUGAACUACUUUGUGACCACAAAGAAAAGUUUAGAGAUGAAAUAGAGUUUAUUUGGCGGUUUGCUCGUGCUUAUGGAGACAUGUAUGAGCUAUCUACAAAUGCACAAGAAAAGAAGCAUUAUGCUAAUAUUGGAAAGACAUUAGGUGAAAAAGCUAUUACUAGAGCACCCAUGAAUGGACAUUGUCACCUAUGGUAUGCGGUUUUGUGUGGCUAUGUAUCUGAGUUUGAGGGCUUACAAAACAGAAUUAACUAUGGAUAUCGCUUCAAGGAGCAUCUAGAUAAAGCAAUCGAAUUUUUACCUGAAGAACCCUUUUUGUAUUACCUCAAGGGAAGAUACUGUUACACUGUCUCAAAACUGAGCUGGAUUGAGAAAAAAAUGGCUGCUACUCUGUUUGGAAAAAUACCAUCUGCAACUGUACAAGAAGCUUUGCAAAAUUUCCUUAAGGUCGAAGAACUACACCCUGGGUUUUCUAAGUCCAAUUACAUGUUCUUGGCCAAGUGUUAUAUUGAUCUUGAACAAACAGAUACUGCUGAGAAGUUCUGUAAUAUGGCAGUGUUGCUUCCUUGUGUUACCAAAGAGGAUAAAGAUGCACAGAAAGAGGUGAAAAAAAUAAACACUUCCUUGAAGAGGUUGAGAAAGUGCUGCCAUCCUUCUCUGACCAUCGAGGGGACUGGAACAAAGGUUAGAUUUGCUGGAGGUCACAUACCUAGUUCAUGAGAGAGUAGGGACCAGACCCUGGUGUUCUGACUCCCAGCCCGGGACCUGUGCAAUGAAGAAAGAAAUCAUAUUCGGAGCCAUACAAUCAAUCUUAAACCAUGUAAGAUUUAAUGUCCUUCAGGAACUAACUCUUUGUUUCCGUUUCUUUUGUUUUCAUUUACCUAAAAAGUGCUUAAGGCAGCUAAACAGCUAGACUUCUACAAACAAAGAU